AACAUAAAAUAAUCAAUAAAAAUUUUGUGAUACAUUGAAACAUUUUUAAACUUUAGUAGUAUAGUAAUUUUCAGUUCUAUUAUAGUCACUCCACCGAACGUAUAUAGUUAUUUGUUCUUCGCAAAAAAACUAAACAAGAGAAGGUAUACACAGUACUUUUGUGAAAGUGUCAAAAUGUUGAACAACGAGCAGAAAAACUUUAUGAAAAACACUAGAUGGAGAAGAGCACUAGAUUUAAAACUAGAACUAAAAACAUUCUGCUUUGCACUUCUUAUAUGUCUACCAGAAGCACAUACUCUUAAAAAAACAUCGGAUAACAUAAAAGAUUACUGCUUGAAACCUGAAUGCCUUGACACAGCCUCAAGAGUAUUAGAGUACAUGGACCAACGUUUUGAUCCUUGCGACAAUUUUUAUAAAUUUGCCUGCGGUAAGUUUCCAAAAUCGAGGAGGAUUUCAAAUUACGAAUCGGAUAAAAUCGAUGGUUUUUCUCUUCUUGAGAAUAAAAUUGAACAAGAAAUGAAGACAAUUCUAGAGAAGAAUUACGAACCUACUGAACCAAACUAUGCAAGAUUAAUAAAAGCUUUUUAUAGAGAAUGUAUGAAUGCAAAUAACACCAAACAACAAAAUCUAAAUUCAAUUUUGGACUUGUUAAAAAAAAUUGGUGGAUGGCCACUUUUAGAAGGAAAUUCUUGGAAUAAUGUGAAUUUCCAAUGGGAAAAAUUUGGCUCCCUAUUGGACAGUUCCAAAGAUAAUUUCAUUUUUUCAAAUUUUCGCCAAGAUACAAAAAAUAAUUCAAACAUAAUCCUACGAAUUGAACAACCAACAAAUCUUAAUGUAUCCCCUAAAUAUUAUAAUGAAAUAAAUGACACUGUACAUCUUUUUGGAGCUAAAAAUGAUAAUAUUAAAACUGAUAUAGAUAAAAUUAUCGAAAUAGAAAAAAUGCUUAUUAAUAUAACUGUGCCAACGAGAGAUAGAAAUUAUAUUAAUCUUACUAGAAUGACUAUUAAAGAACUCAAUGGAAAUUAUUCUAAUAUUUUGUGGAGAGAAUACAUUGAUUCUAUUUUGAACCCAGUUACUAAUAUCAGAGAUGAUGAUAUUAUAUUUGUUAUGGAUCUAAGCUACUUUCAUCAAUUGAACAAUCUAAUUAAUCAUAUCUCAAAAAAAGAUCAAGCAAAUUAUCUUAUAUGGAAAGCAAUUAACGAUCUUCUUAGUAAUUAUGUUGGCGCUAGUGAAGACAAUCCGCAGAAAUGGAAACAUUGUUACAAUACUGUAAAUAAUUUUUUCCAUAAUAGUCUUGGAAUGCUCUAUGUCAAAUACUACUUCAAUUUAUCAGAAUCUGGGAAAAAAGAUAUCGACGAAAUGUUCGAAAAUAUUUUUCAGCAGUUCAAUACUCUUCUAAAUGAAAGUUAUUGGCUGGAUGAUAAAACAAAGGAAAAGGCUUUAGAGAAACUUGCAUCAUUGUCUAUAACACAUCCAGUAAUUUUCAAAUUAUUUGAUGACAUGGAAAUUGAUGAAUAUUACGCAAAGUUGAAUAUAACGCCAAAUAAUUAUCUUCAAUUAAUAAUUGACAUACAAAAAUUUAACAGAAAUAAAGAUGCAGAUUUAUUUAGAAAAUCUUUAAAUAAAAAUAGUUGGAAUCAACAGUACAAUCCAAUGAAAGUGGGGGCAAUGUCUAUUCCUUUUAAUAAUAGUAUUGCUGUAUCACCCGGUAUUUUUCAAGGAGUUUUCUUUAAUGAAAACAUACCUCAGUACAUGAAUUAUGGAUCAAUAGGAUUUGUCAUUGGACACGAAUAUACUCACGGUUUUGACAGUUUUGGUCGAAAUUUUGAUAAACUGGGAAAUCUCGUCAAUUGGUGGGAGCCGGAAAGCAGUGAAAAUUUUCGUUCAAGGGUUCAAUGCCUUAUUAAUCAAUAUGGAAACUAUACAUUAAAUGAAGUUAACUUAAAAAUAAAUGGCACGAUAACGGCAGAAGAAAAUACUGCAGAUAAUGGUGGAGUUAAAACUGCAUAUUUAGCUUAUCAGAGCUAUGUGAAAAAACAUGGUCGCGAAGCUUUGUUGCCAGGUGUAAAUUAUACACAACUUCAGCUCUUUUGGAUUAGUUUUGCUCAAACUUUUUGCGAGAAAAUUACUCCACAUAAACAGAGGAACAAAAUUAACAGCGACUAUCACAGUCCUGGGGAAUUUCGAGUUCUUGGUUCCCUUGUCAACCGAGAAGAAUUUGCAAAAGAUUUUCAAUGUUCAAACAACAAGUGGAUGAAUCCUAGAGAGAAGUGUUCCGUUUGGUAAUUCCAAAAACGAAAUUGACAAUUCAAUAUAAACAUAGAGAUCUGUUUGAACGAUUUUAUUUAAUUUAACACAGUUUUUGAGUUUUAUUUUUAUAAAUUAAGAAUUCCAUUUUCUAAGUGUAAUACAAAUAAAUAUUUAUUUUCUUAUAUUAGUCAAGUAACCGACUAAUUGAAUGAAAUAAAUUUUCUUUCAGUGUAGAAAAAAAAA